GACGAUCAAUUAUGAUAACCUAUUCUGUUUAAGUACCUUUCAUAAACAUAUGUAUUCUUUAAGGAAAACCUAAUUUUUUAUGAUUUCUCUAGUGUUUCAAUGAAAGUUAAUUAGAAACAAAAUCAUGUCAUACGUGUCUUGCAAUUUUCACCGCAUGUCAAUAGCAUCUAGAGUUUUGACAAUGUCAAAAGCGUUACGCCCUAACCUUUCUAUCUUAGCCCGUUACAAAUCAGAGAAUGUGAUAGUUACCAUUGGUGACGUUUCAAAACAAGUGAAAUUAUCACAGAAACCUGAAUAUGUACCUCGAAAAUACUUGAUAAAUAAGAGCGGUCAAGAGGCAGACUUAUCUAUGUUGAAACAUUUAAAAUGGAUGCUUCAAAAAGAUGUUUUGUCUCAGGAUAUUUUUUUAAUUGGUGGACCAGGAACUAGACGUAGGAAAUUAGCUCUGGCCUAUCUAGAACUCACAGAACGUGAAGUAGAGUUUAUUGCACUUUCAAGAGAUACAACAGAGUCAGAUCUGAAGCAAAGAAGAGAGAUAGAAAGCAGUACUGCAUAUUAUCAUGACCAAACUGCUGUGAGGGCUGCCAUAAAUGGGAGGAUUCUAAUUAUUGAGGGUGUUGAGAAGGCUGAAAGAAAUGUACUUCCUAUCUUGAAUAAUUUACUAGAAAAUCGUGAAAUGCAUUUAGAGGAUGGCAGGUUUCUUGUGCCAGCAACACGUUAUGAUAAGUUACUUCAGAAUCAUAGCCAAGAGGAGCUGGAUAGCUGGAGGCUUGUUAGAGUCAGCGAAGAUUUUAGAGUUAUCGCACUUGGUAUGCCUUCACCAAAGUAUCCUGGUCAUCCACUUGACCCACCACUCAGGUCUAGAUUUCAAGCCAGACACAUUUCACCACCAACUUUUCAAGAACAAUUGGAUACUCUGAAAAGUUUAGUAACGGAUAUUGACACUACAAGAUUAAAGCAAUUAUUAUCAUGCGCGCACGCUUUCGUCACACAAGAAGCUGUAACUUUAGGUCUUCCAGAUUUUCCUCUGGAUAAUCUAUCAUACGCAGCCGUUAUAAUGGAUAAAUGUCCAUACCUGUCGGUGUUCGAUAUUUUUUACAGAUGCUAUCCGUAUAAAUUAUUUUUGGGGAAAGAGGGCCAAAGCGCCGUCGAAAGUAUACUAGACACUUUUAAUGUUCCAUACAGAAUAGAGAUAAACGACGUUACACUUUUAAAACGUGCGAAAGUAGAUAAAAGACAGGAAGAACAAAGUUCACUGGCUGUUAGCAUAACGCAUGCUGACGGGGAAGUAGGGUUGAAUGUUUCUUGCGGCACCAGGAACAUAGAUACAAGUGUAAAUGAAAAUAAAUACGUAGAAACGAAUUAUCAAAAUAAUUUAUUAACAAGUAUGUUGGAGUCUCAUAUCGUUUCUGACUUUUGUCUAAUUGGCCCAAAGGGUUGCGGAAAAUCUAUAACAAUACACACGCUAGCUAAUUUAAUGGGAUACGAAGUAGAACCUAUAGUGCUGUAUCAGGAUAUGACCUCCAGAGAUUUGAUACAACAACGGAGCACGUUGUCCAAUGGUGACACGGUUUGGAAAAAUUCGCCGCUCGUUGACGCGGCUUUAGAAGGAAAAUUAGCUAUUCUGGACGGAAUUAAUAGAAUCGAUUCAAGUACUUUAACUAUACUACAUAGACUGGUUCACGAUCGGGAGUUACAAUUGCACGAUGGAAAAAGGCUCAUUAGAGCUGAUCGUUACGACGAAAUAAAAGAGAAAUACAACAAAACCGACGAGGAAUUAUUAGAAUCGGGUGUAUUACGUAUUCACCCAUCGUUCAGGAUCGUAGCUUUAGCGGAGUCACCCGUAAUUAAAGCGUCCUCGAAGCAAUGGUUGAAUACAGAACUACUCAGUUUGUUCCUUUUCCACGAAAUGAGGCCACUUACCAAAUCGGAAGAAGCUCAUAUCAUUCGAUCAAAGUACGGGGAACUUUCCUCGGCGUUAUUAAAUAUUUUAGAAUUGGCGCAUGUACUGCGAUCCUCCAACGAUCCGACCGUCCAAUCCUUGGCCGGGUUUUUGAGUACAAGACAGCUCUUGAGGAUAGCGGGAAGAAUGAACAAAUUUCAAACGGACGACGCUUAUAGCGCAGUGCAACGUGCUUGCCUCGCUCGUUUCUUACCGGCGGUAGCGAAACAAGCGUUGGAUGAUUGUUGCAAUCGCGUGGGUAUCGUCCCAGCGAAAAUGACAGUGAACAAGAACGUCAAAUGUCAAGUAAUAGGAAACACCGUACAAAUUGGUAGCACGGUCAUCGAGCGAUACAACACAACGGCUUUAACAAAAGUGCCUGACAUUCUAUUCUACGACGUUCCGCAGCACGUAGCUUUGUUAGAAAACUUAUUGCAGGACUUUAGCGUGGGACAGAAUUUAUUGCUGGUCGGGAACCAGGGUGUCGGUAAAAAUAAAAUCGUCGAUCGAUUGUUGCAACUUCUAAAUAGACCGCGCGAAUACAUACAGCUUCAUAGGGAUACUACCGUCCAAACUUUGACCCUUCAGCCGAUGGUUAGGGACGGAAAAGUUGUAUACGAAGACUCACCGCUUGUGCAGGCCGUUAAAUUGGGACACGUGCUUGUCGUUGAUGAGGCGGACAAAGCCCCAACUCAUGUUACUUGCAUUUUGAAGACUUUAGUCGAAUCUGGCGAAAUGACAUUAUCGGACGGUAGACGCAUAAUAUCCUCUCAAAAUGUUGAAAUGAAACCAAACAUGAUAUCGCUUCAUCCAGAUUUUAGGAUGAUAGUAUUAGCGAACAGACCUGGUUUUCCAUUCUUAGGCCACGACUUCUUCGGAGCACUUGGUGACCUGUUCAGUACGCACGUCGUCGACAAUCCGAGCAUUGAUAACGAAAUUCAACUUUUGAAGGAAUAUGGUCCGAACGUUGAUAAGCAAAUAAUAUUCAAGUUGGUCAAAGCUUUCGGCGAACUGCGAAACAUGGCUGAUCAAGGUCUAGUUUCGUAUCCGUAUUCAACUCGAGAAGUCGUUAACAUUGUUAAACAUUUAGAGAAAUUCCCUCAAGAACCGUUAGCUAAUGUGGUGCGGAACGUGUUCGAUUUUGAUCGAUAUAGCGAAGAAACUUUUAAUACAUUAGUGUCUGUUUUACAUAAACAUGGAAUUCCUCUUGACACUAGCCCCAACAGUAUUGCAUUAGCGAAACAAAUAUCUUUACCCGGCAACAAAAUUAGUGCUACGUGGAAUUUUUCAAAUAAACAAGAAGUACUGCACGUACAGGAAAAAUAUGUUAAGUUUAAGUCGCCGAUGAAUUUAAAACAAAAAAUAUUGCCUUUAGAUCGCGUUGAAGCUAGAUCAGCCUUGUUCACUGAAAUGCAAAGUUACUGGACGAUACCAAUUGGUAAUGUUGGAAUAAUCGCAGGCUUGUCAGUUAUUAAAGGUACGAAAGGCGACGGAACAGAUGAUAAAAUAAAUAUUCUUACUAUGAAUCCAUUGAAAAUCUUUAGUAUGAAUCAGGAGUCAGAUACGAUUCAAGAAACGUUUCUACCGAAUUUAGUAAACUAUGAACCGGGAUAUAAACCUCGGUUUACAAUGGCGAUUGCCAAAGAUAAAAAUAUUUUAGUACACGAAGAAACAAAUAACAUUCUAUUAUUAGUGAACGUAAAUGAAAGAUCUGUUCGAAAGUUAGAACUGUUAUCCUUCUUCAAUAUGGCAUCGGACAAAAUAUCAAACGCUUUCAGAAAUAGCAACCCUCGCUGGAGGAUGAAAACUGAUUUGAUAGAAUCACAUAAUCAAAUCGUUUUCUAUACUUGUAAUUCCAACAAGAUGGAAGUAACUGACUUAAGUUCUAUGUGUUCUUACACACUUAAUUUACCGUUUGAUGUAGAAUCGAUUUUAAUUCCGUCAGAGAAGAAAUGGUUGAUCCAAGAUACAAAAAAGAACAAAUAUGUUCUUAAAAAAUCAAAUGAUUCUGUCCCUUGCCCAAAUGUCUUACAACAAGUAGAGGAAUCUAGUAACAAUGAUUUCAAAAUUGGUUCAUUUUUCACUUGUGCUAACAGUAAUCUGAACAGUAAUGUACUUAGUGCAGCACUGAAGCAAAAAAUAGAUGCGCCGAACAGAUUACUAGUGACUAGCAACACGUACGCAAGCAUUGUGGUUGGAUUUCCUGACUUAGAUAGUUUCAACGAGAUUCAUUCCUGGCCGAGGUCACAUCGUAACGAAAGCUUCUCGCCUCCGAUCGUUAUGGAGAAUGGUCAAAUCGUUCGAACAUUAUUACCUCACGAAGUUCCCGACGAAGUUCUUCCUAAGACUGGAAGAUAUGUUGGAAUCGCUGGUUAUUUGGAAGUUGUUGACACCGUAAAUCAUAAAUUGCGCUACAUACCCAUACCAGAGCCGGUCAGUGUGUCGCAUGUUACACAAUUUUUGUACCCGAAUAGAUAUCCCUUGUACGUUGCGUCGAAAUCAAACCAGGAUUUUGUAACAGUGGAUGCAGGUGGUUGUGUACGACUCUGGGAGACGUCGUUAGCGAAUAUCGAAAAGUCUCUUGGCGCAUGGCGAAGAAUGGUGGGGAGCGAUAAUGAAAAUUUACAAAUUACUAAAGAAAGGUAUUCCGGAUUGGAUGUCAGUGGUCCCAAACAUGGUAAAAUCGAUGAAAAGAACGAACCGCACGUUGGAGGUAAUACGUGGGCUGGAGGAACCGGAGGAAGAGACACAGCCGGUCUCGGUGGGAAGGGAGGACCUUAUCGCUUGGAUGCCGGUCACACGGUGCAUCAACUUAGUGAUGAAGAGAAGAAUGCGGUACCGGAACAUAUAAAAAAGGCAGCAAGAGAGAUGGGUCUUAAAGCAUUUCAGCAACGUUUAAAAGAGAUUAAUAUGAGCGAAUAUGAUCAUAAGCUUUAUUUCCAGUUCAGCAACGCUGUUCAGCUGCAAGUUAAGGCCUUAAGAAAUAUAAUAGACAGUUUACAGUCCAAAAGUAAAGAACGUCAGUGGUGCAGGCACCAAACUUCUGGGGAGUUGGAUGAUACGAAAUUAAUUGAAGGAUUAACAGGCGAAAGAACGAUUUAUCGAAGAAGGACGGAAAAAGAACCCGAGUUCGGUACACCACCCUCAAAACCGAAACGUUUAAAAUUAGUGGUGGAUGUUUCCGGUAGCAUGUAUAGAUUUAAUGGUCACGAUGGUCGCCUUGAUCGAGAAAUGGAAGCCUGCGUUAUGGUAAUGGAAGCGUUUAGUGGAUACGAAGGAAAAUUUCAGUACGAUAUCGUUGGUCAUUCCGGCGACGACUAUAACAUAGUUUUCGUAAAGCACACUCAACCGCCGGCAGAUAAUAAACGUAGAUUGGAAAUAAUAAAGACGAUGCACGCGCAUUCGCAAUUUUGCGAGUCCGGUGAUAAUACCUUGCAGGCGACUCAACAUGCGAUCGUAAACUUAGCGAAAGAAGAUGCCGACGAGCGUAUCGUCGUCGUACUCUCGGAUGCCAAUUUUGAUCGUUACGGUAUUCGGCCGGAACAAUUUGCGAAAAUUCUUACUGCGAAUCCAGACGUUAAUGCGUUUGCUAUAUUCAUUGGGUCACUAGGCGAUCAAGCUACCAACUUGACCAAAAGAAUAACGGCAGGACGUGCAUUCGUCUGUAUGGAUCUUAAGGACAUACCGAGAAUACUACAACAAAUAUUUUCUGCUUCUUUGUUAAGUACUACAAGAUGAAGUCAGUGUACAUAUCGUAAAUGUAAAUUAACUUUGUAUUAUUAUAAAAAUAUUUGUAAAGAACUUAAUCAAGGAACAUGGAAACUUUUUUAUAUAGAUUUAUCAUAAAGAUUUUA